AUGGAUGUAUUUUAUGCACAAUGGAUUCGACAGAAGAAUGAAUGCGCGAUCAACACCUUCAACAAUCGACUUGAAGAAACAUUGGCUGCUUGUCCAGAAAAUGUUCGUAAUCUUUUGACAUUGAUCGAUAUUAUCGAUGCGUUGAUUGAUAAAAAUAAACGGAAAUCACUACCUGAAGCAUUUUUGAAACAAUCAAAUGAUCUUCUCGAUGAUAACAACAACAUCACUGCUGAUGAUUUCGAAAAAUCCAACAACUAUUUUGAUUCAAUCGCUGAUCAAGAAAUAAUUCGUUACAUGAAUAAUGAUUCAAAACUUGAUUCAUCAUUCAAUGAUUUUAUUAACAAUCUACCUACAGAGUCCGAACCAAAUCCAACAUUUUACAAAAUCUAUCCAUCAUUGGCAACUAUUUCAGCUAAUUUUAUAAAGAUUCGUGUCAAAUGCAUCUAUCUGUUGAAUAUGAUAUUUGAAAGAGUUCAACCUAUCAUUGACUUAAGUUUUGCACCAGGAGAAAGUAUUCUAGUAGAUGAACUUGGAAAUGUUAGAGCCUAUCUAUUAUACAGGAAAAAAUUUGCAUUAUUCGAAGAAUCUCUGCAAAAGACUAGUGCUGGAUAUCUUGAUAGAGUUACAGUUAAGUUCGAUACAGUGAAAGCCAGUACGAACAGUGCAAAUGGAGAAAAUACUAUGUUUUAUCAAGCCUAUGAACAAUUACAUAAAGAUGCUCAUAGUUUAUUUCGAAGUGAAAGUGAACGUUUAUGGGAAGCUUCCUACGUUGAAAUGCACAGUGUUGAUGCAGGUGGACCUUAUCGUGAUUCAAUCACGUGUAUAUGUUUGGAUAUUUGUAGUACACGACUACCACUAUUCAUUUUAUGUCCUAAUGGACGAACUAAUACUGGUUUAAAUCGUGAUUGUUGGAUUCCAAAUGUAUUUUCACCAUAUGAAUCGAUUCCAAAUAAAUUUAAAAACCAAUAUCAAUUCGUUGGACAGUUGAUGGGCAUGGCUAUGCGAAAGAAACAUUUUUUAGAUUUGAAAUUUCCCAUUUUAUUAUGGAAACAAUUGAUCAGAGAACAAGUAACCAUUAAAGAUAUUGAAGCGAUUGAUCUACAAAGUUUUAAAAUUAUCGAAGAAGUCGAAAGAAAUUUCCUAGAAAAUGAAGUUAUCGAUACAGAUAUUGACAUCGAAUAUUUAUUUAGUAGUAUUAUGAGUGAACUUCGUUUUGAUGUUGUUAGUUCAGCGGGACAAACUUAUGAACUUGUUCCUGGUGGCAAAGAAAUUCCAAUCACAGCAUCAAAUUUUAAAGAUUAUUGUACAAAGUAUCGUGAAUAUCGUCUCAAUGAAUUUCAUCGUCAGAUUGAAUUCAUAUGUCAAGGAUUUUACAGUGUUGUACCAUUUUAUUAUUUGAGUCUAUUUACAGCUGAUGAACUUGAAGAAGCUGUAUGUGGAAAAGGUCUCAUUGAUGUUGAACUAUUAAAAAGAAACACCUUCUAUGGCGAACCGUACAAUCAAGAUUCACCACACAUUCUGCGAUUUUGGACAGUACUCAAUGAAAUGUUCAAUGAAGAACAAAAGAAAUCGUUUAUUGCUUUUGUAUGGGGACGAAGUACAUUACCACGUUGUGAUCAAGAUUUUACAUCUCAUUUUUGCAUUAAUCCAUAUUAUGCAUCGUCUAAUGAAGUGGACAAACAGCUUCCGCGAUCACAUACAUGUGGUUUCUCUCUUGAUUUACCAGAGUAUUCAACAACUGAAAUUAUGUACGAACGUUUGAACUAUGCUAUCACAUAUUGUUCAAGCAUUGAUGGCGAUUGA